AUGGGCCGCGACUACCGGCCGCGCUCGCCCAUUCAAUGCGCGUUGUUCCUCGCGGCGGCGCGGCGGGCGACGCUGCGUUUGCGCGGGAAACGGCAGGGCUGCCACUUUCUCCGCUUACCAAGUUCUCGAUACGCCCUUUUCGCGCCAUCUUGGAAGAAAAUUGAAGUCUUUAUAAUGAUAGAAUCAUCUGUUUGCCGGUUUAAGAUGGACUUCUCGUGGGAUCAUCGCGACCCCGGGGACCCGCCAUUGGUGCGGCCCGUCAAUUGCCGCAUCCUGCUCCGCAAUGAGGAUGCCACUAUCACGGUGAUUGGCGGAUGCGCCCGCCACGCCCGGCCGCAACUCGACCGCCAAUCUUUAUUUGCCACACCGUGCAUCCGUCCUCUAAAGGCGUGUUCCCACUUUCGAUGGGAAGUUGGACCUGCACAUGAGCUACCAGCCACAAAAGCUUUCUGCAUACUAGCGAUUACUGCGCUGGUAGCUGAACUGUUACUGAUAGGUGAAAGCGAUCAAAAUGGCAACGUCAACUGCCAUUGCGCGCUGGGUUCGAUCCCG